AUGGCCAGUCUAAUGGAUACUUCAUCCGUCCAAGAAGAGAAACAUGCAGAAACUGUCACCCUCGAGCCAGACACCGGCCGUCGCACGCAACCUGAUCUUACGUCUACUCGUUUGUAUGACAGUUGGAAGUCCCUUAUUCCCACUCUUGUCACGGUACUGCUUGAGUACACUGCACGGACACUGGGAGCACCUCUCCAAAGAACACCCCUGACCUUAUCUUUGUGUCGCUCCCAUAUGUUCCUUGUUUUUCAUGGCUUAUUCCCAACGUCUCCCUCACAGCCUCACAUGGCAGUGUCUGUCGAGUUACUCGCCUUUUAUCAAACCCUUUUCAAAUGCUCUUGUGAUGCUGUUAAUGCACUUGCCUCUGCUCUGCACACCCACUAUGGCGAGGUUAUCCAAGAGCCCUUCCAACGAAGCCUCGGUCAAGUCAUUCAAUGGUUUGACCUUCUACAAGUAGAAGUUGAAUGUCGACUCGAAGGUGCCCUAUCAGCAUGUUGGGAUUGGUUAGCAUUUGGUCGGGACCUGAGCGAAGGAGGUGAUAUACAUGUCGCAACUGAUGGAAAUUUCCAUCACUGGCAUCGGCGAUCAGCUGGUGAUUCACCACACUUCUACGAUACCUCGUAUUUCCUUUCAAAAGCUCAAGUCAAUGCUAUUGGUGAUCAUAUCCUCCGAAGUUGCAAAUCUCCGCCUAGACAGCACAAGUCCUCAGUACCCCACGAGGCAAUUGACCAAUGUGAGAGUUCUUAUGAAGCUGCCGACGGCAAGAAGCAGAAGUCUUCAAUGGACAGCUUCGAUGACACCGGAGUUAUGGCGCUUAUAUGUCGUCACAAUAUUCCUCUCUUCCUUGCCAACAUCGACACUCCUGGUGAGCAGCAAAAAUAUUUGGUUGCCUUAAUUGAUCAUCUUUUUUCACUAUUACCUCCAAGAGCAACUGUUGUCACACUGUAUGAUGUUGGGUGCAUCUUGUCGCGAUCAUUAGAUCAGUACGACAUCCUACCGCCAACUAUCACAAAGCGCUUGCGUUUUGCCAUGAUGGCCAUGCACGCAUAUGGCCACGAAUGGGCCUGUCAGAUGGCGAAGGAACUGAAAGCUGCUAUUGGACUGGAGAUGCACACUGAUUUGGGAGAUUGGAUCAAGCGCUGGCUUAAAUGUGGGAUCGAGGAGCAAGGCACAGCGGCACAGAGUGUGCUUGAGGAAUGUGGGGUGACCAUUGAUGAGCUGCACAACGAAUGGACCUCCCAGAGAAAAUCCCAGUUAUCUAUUCGUGCUUAUGCACCUGCACGCUUAAAGAGAGAGUUAGAUACUGUUCUUUCUUUGCAAGCAGAUCUAGAUGCCUGUUAUGACCAGAGUUCACCAAAUGGCAAAACGAUGACCAAAGCUGAUGCUGCAAAUGACACGCUUGAGGCACUUGACAACCUCAAACGGGGUCAUCAACGUCUCAUGGCCAAGGUUGAGGUGUUAUAUGCAUUGCUCAACGUUCAUGAUCAGUUUCCGGAGUUGAAAGGCGUGAACCUUGACUUUGUUUGGACACUGCUUUUAGCACGGGACAUCAAGAUCAAUAUUCGCAAAUGUGCUAUUGGGAGUUUCUUUGAAUGGGAUAAAUUGGAUCAUGCAAUGGGUGGCGCACAACAGGCAAUGGGCACCAAACUUCAUCAACAGACUUGCAAGGCAAUCUUGAAGCGUCAACCGGCCUUGUUGACUGCGCUCCGUAAGUUUAAUGCAUAUUGUGAGCACCUCGAGGAGCUCUAUGACCCAACCUAUGGCAUCCCACUUCCAAUGCCACUUCCAAUGAAGCUCAAUGAUCUACGCAACGAUCAAUCUUUGUUGGAGGAUGUAUGGAUAAGCCCUUCGACAGGUGAUAUUCCUCAUUGGCUAGAGGACCAAGAUGUUCAUGACAGAAUUCGUGCAAUCCACUGUAUAGAAGAGCAACGGUGUCUUGGGCUGGAGGCGGACAAUCUCUGCAGGUGGUUUGGUGAUGAGCUCGCUGCAAUAGAGCUUGCCCUUUUGGCACCUGGUAAUAAAAUGUUCUUUAUACCACUUCGCCAGUGGCUGGAGCAUCUUCAAUAUAUUCAAACCCGUUGGACGACCUCACUUGCAUCUGCAGUGCAAUUUGCAUCUCGUGCAACGGAUGCUGUAUCCCUGGCUCAAAAGCUCUCGGGAACCUCUGGAGGGCGUCCAUUUCAAUGGAUCAAUGGAUUUGCUCACUUGUACAUCAUACCUACCGAGGACGAAGAGCCUGAAGUACCCUCUGAAACCGAUCACAAUGAUUUGCUACCUGAAGAUGUCGUCCUUGUGGACAUCCUGACUGCAGGAGUUGCUGGCGGUGAAGAAGAUGAUACUGACACCAUUGCAAUAGAUGCCGAGCUUCACUGGCGAUCCCCUGAGGAUAUUGUGCUUCUCGCUUCUCCGAUUGCGCUGCUCAACGACAGUUGCAUCAAUGGAUGUAUGGUGCUUCUUUACUCAGAAGUAGUGCAGCUUUCGCCCACGGUCAAACAGUAUGCUCUCUUUUCCACCCAUGACCUCCCACGCAUCCAAUAUAACACGCCUGAUGAUGUUUUGUGGCGGAACAUGUCAUGGACAUGUUACUGGGCAAAAGAAGUUUGGAUCCUUCCCAUCCAUAGACCUUCAAAUGUUGGCCACUGGGUUCUAUGCAUUGUGCACCUCCGAAGCGAGGAGCUCCAUCUAUUUGACAGCUUUGCUGAGCGGAAGCCUUGGAAAAGUGAUAUUAAGGACAUGAUGAAGCUGAUUGCUCAUCUUUUGAGCAUCGCUCGACAACACAAUCACACUGUUUGUGUUGACAUGGACUUGGAUGGAUGGGUUGCACGUCCUCUGAUGACAAAUGGUUUUGAUUGUGGUGUUUGGGUGCUUGCUGUGAUUGCAGCGACACUAUGUGGGUGCCACUGCACGGCUCUUGGAGAGCAAGACAUGCAUGUCUUUCGUUAUUAUCUAUGA